CAAUAUUAAAAAGUUUAGAAAUAUUACAAAUGAUCUUGAAAACAAAAUCGAUAAUUGUCCUAAUAAAGAAUAUUAUCAAAAUCUUCAACCUUAUAUUAAUAAAUUAUGCUCUAAUUGUUAUAUGACAAUUAUAGAUUCUUAUAAUAGAAGAAUAUCUACAAUCAACAGAAUUGGUAAAUCAACUAAUUUAAUAAAAACUAAUAAAUUAGAUGAUUUAAUUGAAAUUAAUGAACCAAAUUUAAUGGAAGUAGAUAAUUUGAUAGAAAUUAAUAAUAAUUUAGUAAAUUUAAUAGAAUUAAUCGAGACUCAAAAAAAGAAAUUAAUUAAAGAUAAUAUAACUGAAAUUAAUCAACAAUUUAUAGAUAUUAAAGUUAAUAUAACUAAUGAUAUAGUCUCAAUAGAUAAAGAAAAUUUUGAUCAAUUAAUUAAUUUAAUUAUUCAAAAAGAUUUAAAAAUAGAAACUUUAACUAAUUAA